AAAGCGCAUGUUAUUAUUGUGACAAUUCUGACAACUGGAAGGGAUACCUCACUCAUUGACUCGCUGGCUAGUCGUACCUUCUGUAGUUCGGUGGAGUUUGAUCUAGACCUAGAGCCUAGGCUUUAUUUUAGUACAUCUGCCAGGAAGAGUGUGUUCAAAUCUUUUAUUGAUGUAGUUGCAAGAUACUUCAAUGCCUACACUUGGCAUUUAUUGUAAAAUGGGAUGUUCUGCUAGCCAGCCCGUCAAACAAACAGCCUGCAAUGACUAUGGAUUCGCAGAUUCAAGUAUAGAUUAUAUGCAAUCUGUUGUGACUCCAAAUCAUAAUAUAUCCCAGCAAUCUUGUGUGCGGACAAUUGAUAACCAAAAUGAUGAACCUGGAUCUUUGUCAUCUGAUCACAAGCCAAAUAUUACAAAAAAACUACACCAGAAGAAAGUUGUAUCAUCCACCCCGAUUAUGCACAGUACAACAAAUGCAUCCCAAAGCCAGACCGACUUUUUUAAGAUGCUUGAUGCAAAAAUUGAAAAGGGUCAUGAUGCAUACUCAGAAACGAGUGUGACGUAACACACGCACGGCCACAUCCAGAAGACCAAAGAUUUGAACAUACUGUUAUAUAAGACAUUUUAAUUAUAUAUAUAUAAUGCAGUAGGUAGAAUAAUUUAUAAUAUACUGUGAAUAAAAACCUGCAAGAUUCUGCUUGGCUGUUAAAUAGGCACAG